CAUCGGCGUUCCCCGCGACGAAGGCGAGAACACGAGAUAACGACGUCGCGUGAUCGGCGACGAGGCAACCGUCUGACUCGCGGUGUCCCGCGGCCACCACUCCGCUCGCUCGUUCGACACAUCCGUUGGAACUUUCAAAUCAGACAGCGUACGUACGACGCACGCACGCGAGCAGGAGUGCACGUCUUGGCACGUCUCUCGGAGGAGCACGCCUGGCAAACCCAGUGUUUUCGUAAUUCUGUGCUGAAAUUCCCACGUGCCGACGCCGCCACGGAGUCGAAGGACGCGAUGCCGCACCAAAUCUACUAUUCCGACAAGUACUACGACGAUAAGUACGAGUACAGGCAUGUGGUUUUACCGAAAGAAAUGGUGAAGCUUGUGCCAAGGACCCACCUAAUGUCUGAGCAGGAAUGGAGAGCCAUGGGUGUUCAGCAAAGUCAAGGAUGGGUGCAUUAUAUGAUUCAUGAUCCUGAACCACACAUUUUGCUGUUCAAGAGAAAAAUAACAACGCCUUUGGAACUGAGAGGGGAAGAAAAUUAAAGCGAAGUUAUAUCGUCUUGUAAAUAAUAAUUCUGAUCAUGUUCAUAUUUAUAGUGGAAUACCAUUUACAAUCGUAAAUUACAAAUUUCUUUCCUUCUCUCUAUCGAUCUCGCUAGCAAGAUCGACAAUGUGCCGCGUAAAUAUGUCGAAAAUUCACUUUCUAAAAGUCUAAUUUUAAGAAAAUUGCAAACCAAUCAUAUGCAAAUCUAUUUAGUAAAAUUCCACAGAACAGUAUGUCCAUGGUCGUCUCUAUCUUUAAUUACUUUGCAUUGUCAUUUCAUGAAAAAAUGUCGAGCAAGUAUUCUGUAUAUAUGUCUAUAGAGUAUGUUAGAUCUUAAUCCCUGUUUAGUUCUUCCAUCUCUUUCUUUUUGCACUUUGGAACAGAGAAAAUAAGAUAUGUCGCGAAAUAUUAGCUCAGAAGCAAAAUGAAAUAUUCUAGUUGUUUCCAAAGACUGUAAUUUUCCGAAGCGAAGUAAUUCAUAAGAACAUGUGAUUACAGUGCCUUCUCGUAUAGGAACUUAGUCUAAAAUUCUUCAAUUAAAUUAAGGCGCUUAGAAUAAUGAUUUUCUUUUUAAGUUUGACACUUAAUGCAAAAGUUAUAAUUUAUACAGGGGAAGUGUAAACGCAUUGUUAAAUUCCAUGUAAUUCACUCAUUGCGAUUUUAGUACUUUGACUUUGGCACGAGAAGUCUUACGUUUAUUUUUUCGUUACGCAAUUUUUAUGUUCUCCCCAUUUCGAGUAAAUCUAUGUGUAUAAUUUAUGUAUCUUGAAAGUAUAUAAUUGGCUGCAUUAAUUUUACACUCAAAAUACAGGCCUUCCUACUUUAUGUUAGCUUAACAUCCGAGCGAUUUUGGUUUGCCUUUCGUAAAAAGAAAAAUGUACUAUCAUCAGUAUUGUGUUAAAUAAAUGUUUGCAUUUAUGAGUAA